AAUGCUUUUGAGAUGUGGAAGAAACUUGAAUCCAUGUACGAGAGGAACAAUGCUAUGGGAAAAGCUUCUUUGAUUAGGAAGCUUGUUAAAUUGCAAUACAAAGAUGGUGAUAGCAUUGUGGUUCACAUGAACGAGUUUCAAGGUGUGGUAAACCAACUAGCCGGAAUGAAGAUGAAAUUGGAGGAUGAACUUCAAGCUUUGUUGUUGCUUUCCUCAUUGCCCGAUAGUUGGGAUACAUUGGUGGUUUCACUUAGCAACUCUGCUCCGGAUGGCAAGAUGACUAUGGAGAUGGUCAAGGCUAGUCUUUUGAAUGAAGAGGCUAGGAGGAAAGAAUCAGGUUACCCUAGCCAAUCUGAAGCAAAUGUGAUUCCAGAAUCCAGCAGGGGGAGAAGCAAGAGCAGAAAUCCUCAUUACAGAGACAAGUCCAGAGGGAGAUCCAAAUCUAGAAAAAGAGAUUUCAUUUGCCAUUAUUGUCAAAAGCCGGGUCAUAUUGAGAGAUUCUGCAGAAAGAAGAAGAGAGAUAUGUUCAGGGAGAGAAAAGAUAAAAAUGAGAUUUCCGAGCAGAAGCUAGAAGAGAAGAACACUACAGCCUUGGCAUCUGGUGAUGAUGAUUUAUUUGUUAUCGGUGAUCAUGGACUAUUAAAUGUAGCCUGUGAUGACUGCACCUGGGUGAUUGAUUCUGGUGCAUCUUAUCAUAUUACUUCACACAGGGAGUACUUCUCAUCCUACACUAGUGGUGAUUUUGGCUAUGUGAGGAUGGGAAAUGAUGGUUCGUCCAAGAUCAUCGGUAUGGGUGAUGUUUGUUUAGAGACUUCCACUGGUUGCAGGUUGGUGCUCAGGGAUGUGAGGCACGUCCCAGAUAUCAGAUUGAGUUUGAUUUCAGCUGGUCUGCUUGAUGAUGAAAGUUAUGCCAACAAAUUUUGUGAUGGAAGAUGGAAACUCUCCAGGGGCAGUUUGAUUAUGGCUCGAG